AUGGAAGAUCCAUUACUGGUAAAUGCUAAGAGAGAAGAAGAACAAGAAAUAAAGAAAAUAAGAUGGGAGAAACUGAAGAAGGUCGCUUCAAUGGCGGCUCCAAUGGUGGUUGUAAACAUAUCUCAAUACCUUAUUCAGGCCACUUCUACUAUGAUCGUUGGCCACAAAGGUGAGAACUCUCUCGCUGGAAUCGCUCUCGCCAGCUCCAUGGCGAAUGUAACCGGCUUUGGUCUCCUCUUUGGACUAGCGGGCGCGUUAGAAACAUUAUGUGGUCAAGCUUUUGGAGCUCGGCAGUACGAGAAGCUUGGUUCCUAUACUUUCACUUCCAUCAUAUCUCUUCUCAUCAUCUGUUUCCCAAUCUCUCUUCUAUGGAUUUUCGUGAAAAAUAUUUUGUUAUUGUUUCACCAAGACCCUGAAGUAUCAGAGAUAGCUUCUGUUUACUGCCUUUGGCUCAUACCGGCUUUAUUCGGUUACUCUGUUCUUCAGUCGCUGAUUCGCUACUUCCAAACACAAAGCUUGAUUUUCCCAAUGGUUCUCUCUUCUUUGACGGUUCUUUGUUUCCACGUACCGGUUUGUUGGGUAUUGGUUUACACUUUAGGGCUUGGAACCAAAGGUGCAGCUUUAUCAAUAAGCCUUUCUUAUUGGCUCAACGCGGUCUUCCUUUGUUUUUUCAUGAGACAUUCGCAAGUUUGUGAAGGCAAACGGGUUUUAAUAUCAAUGGAAGCGUUUGGCCACAUGAGGAUGUUCUUCUCGUUAGCAGUUCCUUCAGCUUUGAUGGUUAUUCUUGAAUGGUCGGCCUUCGAGAUUUUGAUUCUUAUCUCCGGUGUCUUGCCUAACUCAAAGUUAGAGACAUCUGUGAUUUCCAUGUGCUUGACAACAUCUACUUUGCACUACAAUCUGGGAACUGCUAUCGGUGCUGCCGCAAGCACAAAUGUGGCCAACGAGCUAGGAGCUGGAAACCUAGUUGCAGCUAAAGCUUCUGCAACUGUCGCAAUCAGUAUUGCAGCUGUUGAAUCUUCUGCCGUGAGCUUUGCUCUGUUCCUCUCAAGACAUGUUUGGGGCUAUGCUUACAGUAACGUACCCGAAGUGAUUCGCUACGCCGCAGAAAUCACACAUAUUCUCUGUUUUUCCAUUCUUAUGGACAGCUUGUCAGCCACGCUAACCGGGGUUGUGAGAGGAAGUGGUAAACAGAAGAUUGGUGCUUAUGUAAAUAUCGCUGCGUAUUACAUAUUUGGAAUCCCGAUGGGACUUCUUUUCUGCUUCACUUUUGACCUCAAAGUUAAAGGUCUCUGGAUUGGUAUAUUUUUUGGAUGCACUCUACAAACUCUCACAUUGUUUCUCAUUACUACAUUCACCAAAUGGAAGACCAAUGAGUCAUUGUGA